AUGGCGAUUUUGUCUACGAAGAUUUCUCAGUUGUGUCGUGUUCCUCGGGCAGUUAACAUCUGUGAAAAUCACGAAAUACAACACAAAAAAUAGGCACAGGGGAAGUAUCUUAAAAUAUACGUAAAGGACAAGUUGCGCCAGUCUUAAACUUUAGAAGUCACUUGUGUUUCUCAGUUGGCGGUGAUAAUGAUUUUCAGUAUUGGAUUGAGGUAUACGAUAUAAGCUUAUCAAUGGUGGCGCGAGCUUUGUUGUCUAGUGUUUCUGCGAUUACCACCAGCUGGGUAGGUGUUAGUGCACACCACCAGCUGGGCAGGUGGUGUUAGUUAACACAACCAGCUGGGCAGAGGGCGUUGGUAAGCACUAUCAACUGGCGCUGUGGCCGGCUGAGAAAUGAGAACUACUGGCAUCCGGUCUGUACCCAGCCCAGCGCCCCGCUCCCAGGUGGCCGCUGGGAGCCAACCUCUGCCCCUGCCCAGGACGAAGUUCAACAUCACUACUGCUCCCACGGACACACCACCAUUCCCGUCAUCCCCCACCAUCCAGGGCAUCCCUGUGAACAACACUAAAAAUACGAAUGUAUCAUCUGAGAUCGAACCUGAAAACUCUGUGCUGGAACAAAAUGAAACUAAUAAGACAUUACAGUCAAAAGAUGGGGACGGUGAGGAGUCUAUAAUAAGUUCGCCAAGUAAGUUUCAGUCGGAAUUAACUCGUGCAUCACUACACAGAAAACCAGUUAGGAAGGCUCCCCCAAAACCACCUAGAACCUUUAGUCACCAAGUGACUCUUGCACAGGAGUCUGCAGAGCGCGAUAGAAUGUCUGGGUUUUUAAAUUAUAAGGUUCCAGAGCAGCUAAUUGCUCCCAAACCUGCUCCCAUCCCGUCCCGACCAAAGCUUAUAGAUAUUCUAUAUAGGCCAAGCCCUUCUCAGAAGGCGGCCUCUGAUUCAAAGGCUAAUCGUCGUUUUAUUUCUAAUACAGACUGGAAAAAGACUCAGAUAACAGUGAGUGAAGCUGCCCCAGGCAAGAUGGCCACAUCAUUGGUUGUAGGCUCUUUGCCGUCAAGAGGUGAUCAAGUGUCUAAUGUCACAUUUCAGGCGACAUCUAGGAAGACACUACCACGACAGUCAAAUGCCUCAGAAAGUGGCAGAGGCAGUGUUGUUACACAGUCAUUCAGCCGACACGAUGUUGGUGCUAGACGCUCUAUAAACAAGAUGUCCAACACUCGAGGUGUCCCUUUUCCUCCACCUGCUAUGCCACCACCAAGUGUUCCCUCAUCUGCACCGCGACCAUGUGUUCAGCCAAUGGGUUACUCACGUCCAGAAAUACCCACACGUCCAACUGCUGCCCAAUUAGCUCCGUAUCUGGGGAAUAAGAAAGCUAACUGGCCACGAGACAGAGUGCCUGGGUCCUUGGGGAUUCCUUCAAGGUCUCAGACAACCGCUUCUUCCAGCGUCAGGGUUGUCGACCAGGACCCCGUGUGCACGCCUGCAGAUUUCGAGGACAAUUGUAAAGAAGUCUUCAAGUGUAUCAGGGCAGCAAAGGAACAUAUUGGUCAUGGACGACAUAUCCAGGCAGUCAGUCAGUAUCAGGCGGCGCUGACAGCGAUAGACCGAGUGCUGAAGGCGCAGGUGCUGAGCAUUACAAGUGAUGAACACACCAGACAGAGGUUCUUCCAGCUGCAGCAGGAGGUCUUCGUCGCCAGAAAAGAGACGCUGAACGGGUUCAGUGAUGCCCAGGCGGCGGUGAAGCCGACUCCGGGCCUCUCCACGGACACUCCGGCUCCGGGAGCACCACCCACUUACGAUGAUGUUCUUAGGGAGGACCAGACGCGCUCACGAGAUAAAGUAUCAGGGGUACCAGCAAGACAGCCUCUACAGCAGCAUGGAUCAGCAAGAGUGUCGUACCAUGAUGGGUCUCCAAACAUACCGUGCCAUCUUGGGUCUUCGGCCGUGCCUCGGUCUUCACAGUUGGAGCAAGGUAGACCUAGACGAAGUGCCAAGCCUCACACUGUUGCCUUGGCGUCUGGGCCGCCAUUAUCGAUGCCCCAGCCGCCCUGGGUAACACGCGUGAAAUCGUCUUCACUUCGCGCACGCCCGGAUGAUGUGGUACUGGUGGACACCUCUGGUGAACCACCCUCCGGCACGCCACUCUCAGCUCCUGUCAACUUCACCCUCCGGCCGCUCGUUCCCACCAAAGUAUCGCCUCCAAGGUCAAAGUCCUAUCAUCGUACCCAAGAACAGCCUAUUCCAGUAGCCCUUGAUAAACACACAGAAAAAAUAGCCACGUAUGCAAAGUCCUCUCAACCAAACAAAGCCUCUUCUCUGAAGACCUCUCAACCAAACGAACCCUCUUACUCAAAGUUCUCUCAACCAAAUGAAGCCCCUUGUCCAAAGUCUUCCCAACCAGAUGAUAAUGCCUCUUAUCCAACGUCCUCUCACACUUCCACUGAAACACAAGUUCGCAAACCAAGAACUUCCAGCACAGUGAACGAAACUCCAAUCAUUGACCCAGUUUUUUCCCCGCCGUUUGACGAAGCUCUGUUUCGCCAGGCACAAGCCUUAGAGAAAUUUGAAGAGCAGCGGAAAAGGGAAGUACCAGCCGUGGCUGUGAAAGCUGCAACAACAGAGCCUUUAGUCACGGGGUCAUUAGGAGACCGUGGUUUGGUUAGUGAAUCAAGCAAUCGCCGGACCGAUUCCAGUAAAGAUGACGGAAUCAAUACCUCACCUUCAGGUGUUGGAUCUGUCGUCUGCGCUGAAAAUAAUCUAGGCUCUGAAACAUCACCACCAUCUGCCUCUACUAACUCUACUUUUAUUAAUGACCCGUUUAUGAAUAUAGAUCCAUUUCCCCCAGUGGAUCCGAAUACAGUAAUAACUGACCCUGUUUUUACGGAGGAUAUCCAGUCUUCUUCCCCGCUGGUCUUCAGUGAUGAUCCUCCUCUAAAUCUGGGGAUAGACAGUGAUAAAGACUCAGUGAAUAAAAGAAAUUCUACUAAAAUGGCUGUGAAACCGCUGGUAGUAGCAGGUGGUGUAAAGCCGUCAGGCAACGCUGCCUCUCCGGUUGAUAUUGGGCAAGCUGGUGCUGCUUCUCUAGAUUUACCACACGACACUGAAGACAAUACAUCAUAUGAUGAAGAAAGAAAUUCCAUACUCGAGGCUCUAGAUUUUGCUAUCACUCCAACUCCAAAUCAUAAAAAAGUGUCACCUCAAAACUCAAAGGUAUCAAUCCGUUCACGAUGUUAUUCUGAAUAUAUGUUACUGGAUUGUUCUUAUGGAACUCUGAACACUUACAUCGAGGCUUCUAAAGAAGUUUGUGCCAAGCGAGCAUCAAUUAUAGAAGAAUUUGAUCCACUUAUGUCUCACUCACAAGAAACCAAGAGUCCUAUUGUGUUUUCCGAUGACAAUGUAAACAAUGAAAAUGCAGUUGAAACUCGUGUAGAGGAAAAUAAAGUAAACAAUAUUGACUUUGAGCAGCUAAAAACAGUAAACAAGCCCAGAAAUAAUGGCAAAUUAGAAGAUUUGAAUAAAAAGACUCAACAGAAGAAAGAAGAAAGUGAGGUGCUCUUUCCUCGGGUAUUCAACGAGGAAGGAGCAGUAGGAGUCUCUGCAGACUUACAUGAUGGAGCAGUAGGAGUCUCUGCAGACUUACAUGAUGGAGCAGUAGGAGUCUCUGCAGACUUACAUGAUGGUAAAGGUGCUGAAGGCAUUCCUGAUAACCUCUACAACAGUGAGGAGCCAACACCAUCAUAUUUUAACAACGCGGAUACCAAAACAUCCGUCUCCUCUUCCACGGGUUCCUGUACAUCAUGGCCAUCAGAUUUCACCAAGAACUCGUCGUGGCCGUCUUCGCCGGUUACCCCGCCGUCAGAAGUGGAAAUGGAGUCGCAAUGGUAUUCCGAUGAGGAGGAACCCAAGGUACUGCCAACAAAAGACGUGGGCCGCUCAACCUUCCAUCGGCUCUCUACACAUCAGGAUGGUGAUGAUCGGGCGGAGACCAUGGGCGGCAUAAGGAGUUUGGGCGGCUUCAGAGACCUGUUAAGGAUUCGUGAGGGAGUGAAAAUCUUCUUCAUCCAUACUGAUGGGGUCGUCACCUCGCCCUGGAACAAACCAUUCCUAGCUGCUUCCAAAGACACCAACAUGAUCUGGCGUGUGGGGGAAGGUGUGGUGCUGAGGGUAGGCAAGAAACUCUGGUCCUGCAAUUUACACAGCAAAACUACCUUGGUGCUACGAUCUUCUGGUAUCUAUAUCUUCAAAGAAGUUCCUGGCAAGCCUGAGUGCAAGGCUGUAGGGAUCAAAGUACCAGCCAGGGUGAGGAAAGCACAGCAUGAGCUGCUGGGUCAUAUUCUGCGAGAGAACACACGUAUUGAGGACGAGAGGCCCUCUGGUAUCACCAACGGUAAGUUUACACCAUGACUGGCACAGUAGCCG